UUUGCAUGUAUCGAAGGCGCCUUUUCUCCUUCGCACUUUCCUCACAAAAGGCGGCAGGGUCACGAUGGAUGACUUCUAUGAAUCGGCAUCCAGCUCCGAUGGCCCACAGCUCUCUAGCAUUUAUCGCCUCUCCCCUUCUUUCAGCGCCGUCCUUACUCUGCUUCUCGCCCCAUUUGCUAUUGCCAUUGCCACUCGACUCUUGAGUGGCCGACCGUCCGAGAAAGUUUCUGGCAGGAAUGAAAGAACUGUCUUCCUUUUGCCCUAUUCUAUUCCUGUUAUUGGUCACGCAUUUUCAUUUCUCUACGAUCCAAUCAACUUGAUGAUUCAAGCAAGAAACAAAACUCCUCAUGGGAUCUUCGCUUUAUACCUUGGCUCAACAACACACAAUGUGAUUUCUGAUCCUGCCUUGGUUACCUCUGUAAUGGCUCAACGGGAAUCGGUGGUUGAAUUUGCACCUAUUGCUUGGAAUAUCGUGCAGAAAUGGUUUGGGUUCCCGAAGAGUAGCAAGACAAAAUAUGAAGCCUGUUGGAGGGAGUUCAAUAUGACUUUCAACCACCUGAUGAAAGAGCCGUACCUAAGCCAGCUGCUCAAACCAACCAUCCGCAACCUGGAGGAGAACAUUCCUCAAAUGAUUUCAUUUACUGAUUCAGAAAUCGAUCAACAACCUUGGGAACGAUGGGCCAAGACAUCGUUUGUCUCCGAUUCUGAAUCCGAGCUCAACUUAAUGUCACUUACGCGGGAUAUGAUGGGUCACGCUUCCGUGCCAGCCAUUUUUGGGCGCGCCCUGAUGGAGAAGUAUCCUAAUAUUUUGCACGAUGUUUACGACCUGGAUAGUGGGUUUUAUUUCUUCUUGAUGGGUCUACCAGCGUGGACUCCCUGGCCUGGUGUGAUGACGGCACAUGUGGGACGUCACCAAACUGGGGAAGCUCUGGGUGAUCUGCAACGAGCCCUAGACGCGCUCGUUGAUGGAAAACCGAUUGAUCCGUCGUGGGGAGAACUAGAUGAUGUGAGCGGUUUCAUAAUGGAAAGGCACGCUAUAUUCAAAAACAAUGGUUUCGAAAUCAACGAGAGAGGCGACAUCUCGAUCCUGUGGGCUUCUGUUGCUAACGCAAAUAUCUUCGUCUACUGGCAUCUUCUGUUCAUUCUUUCCACACCUGGACUGGUAGACCGCAUCCGCGAAGAAGUCGCCGGUGCCAAGGAUGAGCACGAAGCAGGUCGUGGGGCCGGCCCUUUCGUAACUGUCACCAAACCUCUUUCAAUCGGCAGUAUUUCUGAAUCCCCGAAACUGGAGAUCUCACACGAGGGGCUCUUGAAGAAAUGUCCGCUGCUAAAGUCGACUUAUCUCGAGUCCUUGCGAAUGACCGACCAGCCUUGGUCUGUACGAAAAGUUGCCCAAGAUGUUGUCAUCAAGGGCGACAAGAAAGAUCUCUCUUCGCCUUCGUUUCUUAUUCACAAAGGCGAAUACAUAACCAUUCCCCACGAUCUUCAUAUGCGAGACCCGAAGUAUUUCAAAGAUCCCGAAAAAUUCGAUCCUGAGCGGUUCUUGGUGCAGAACGGAGAUGGCACACUCUCAGCAAAUGCGAAGACAAUCAGGCCAUUUGGCGGAGGGCCAUCAAUGUGUCAGGGACGAGCUUUAGCGGAAGCAGAAUGCUUAGCUCUCGUUGCUGGUGUGCUAGUGUUUUGGGACAUCGAACCAGCAGAUAAGAAUGCUGGGUGGGUCAUUCCGAAGCAGGUGAAGACGACUGCAAUAUCAAAGCCGGCGCAUGAUACCAGGGUCAGGAUUAAAAGGAGACGGUUUGACUGGGGGGCAUAGAUAUUCUAUCUUUACUGAAGAUUGCACCAACCUUAGCAUGAAGCCAUUGAAAAGUGAUCAGAAAAACUUGGCGAAAUUAUGUCGUGGA